AUGUUAUUAUCAGUGGAAGGAGGAGGGUUUUUCUCAUCUUCUGCUUUAGGGUAUAGUAAGGGCCUAACCCUUCUACUCUUGGGUAAAAAGACCGAAGAAACCCCCAUGAGAGUUACACCGUGGAAUCAGUACCAGUUGGUGGACCAAGAAUCCGAUUCCGACCUCCAUCAAUCCGAUUCCGGCCUUCAUCUGGCUUCCAACAAGAACCGUAUUAUCCGCGGCUGCGCUUCCUAUCUCUGCUUUGGUCGCGCAGCCGCUGGACUCGAUAGUCCGUGCCCUUUAAAAGUGGGCCCUACCCACCACCACCACCAAGACCCACAGGAUCCUCUCAAAAAAAUACAUGUUUUGCUUAGAAGCAGCUUGAGGAGACCUGCAAGAACUAUUUCAGUCUCUGUUGCUGUUGAUAAAGAGGGUGAGAAUGAAGGUGAGGGGAAGCAUGUACAAAUACAACAAAAUGAAACAAAUGGUGUGGAUCAUAUUCAUAAACAAAAAGAAAGGAGAGUUCAAUGGACAGAUGUUUCAGGGGGUGGUCUUUUUAUGGUCCGAGAAUUUGAGCCCAGUGAACACAGUGGGUCAGAUGAUGAGUUUGAAAAUGGGAUUGAAAGAAGUUGUUCUUGCAGAUUAAUGUAGUUUCAGUGCCAGAGUUUUUCCCCCAAAACCAGAGACUGCUUCAUAUUUUCUUAACCACCAAUGUUUAUUCCAUUGGAUUCACCACAUCUUUCUGUCUAUAUUCCAUUUCUUUUGGAUUUCAAUUUUGUUUUUCUUUUUCUUUCCAAGUUUUUGUGUUGUUUUCAUUUGUUUCAUUGUAAUUAACACCCUUUUGUUCCCUUUUUCCCCUAGUUUUGUCGCUUGAUGUUAAUCGAGAUUUUGAGAGUAAAUCGUCUUUCGUCAAUUGCUGUUUGUAUGAUGAAAAUAUUGAGUGU